CUAGGUUCAGUCACUGGCCCCACAGAGAGUCCAGAGCAACCAUGGAAGACAUAUACGAAUGUCCUCACUCUCAACACAGCAGGCUCUAAUUUACUUUUAUUCAGCUGUCCAUCAAUACCAGCAUUGGAGUCAUGGGCAACAGCUCUACAAUUAUCUGCUUGGGAAAAGUCUUGUCUCAAAGAAAUGUAUACCACUCAAUUAGUAAUACACAUAACGUUGCUUGAAGGUAAAGAUACCCACACAACCCUCAUCUGUGGCCAUAUGGAAGGGUGGGUGCUCAUUCACAUUGCUGGACAAACAGACUGGAAACACAUGUGGAUGGUCAUCUCUGGGUCGCAAACUUCAUCAACCGAUCCUGGAGCCUCAUCUACUACCACUGGCACUGCACCUACUCCCAAGAAAUGCAUGGAGGGGUGGUUGCUUGUCAUGCCUGAGCUUGAGGCAGGGAACACACAAGCUUCUGAGAUGCUCAAGUGGCUUGUUGCGCUUCAUGAUGCAUUUGAGCUAUACAGCCAUCCAAAAGCAUACACCUGGGAUCCUCGCAAUCCAGUUUCGCUGAUGUUUGCUUAUCCAGUCAAUCCUGGGAGAGAUCUCCUGUUCCUUGACCAUGAAGUUGCAGAGUCUAUGGACCCUCGUGACAACCAGACCUCUGCCAUUUGCAAUCGUCUCCUAAAUAUCCUCCACUCAUGCAUGCCCAAAUUGCAUGCGAUGUCUGUGCCACCCCCACUACCUCCCAUGGGUCUAGGGGCUGAUCCGAAUUGCCCACAGCAGCAACAGCCAUCACAAAAUGCUGCUCAGCCCCAACCACAAACACAAAACAGUCAGCCUGCUUACAUCCCCCAGCUCCCCAUGGUCAAUUUUGACUUGCGCUCACCACCAGACCUCACUGUCGGUCAUGCACUCUCCCCCAUUACAGAAUGGAGCGCAACACACAAAACAUUUCUGGAUUUCCCUCAUAUGCAGAGCCGCUCAAUGUUGAAUGAGCACCACACACCUGAGUUGAUGAUGAUCAGCAGCUCAAUGUCAAGCGAGAAGCCAGAUUCUGUAGGAGAACAUACCUGGGUCGAUGACUGGUCUCCCAAUGACCAGAAGCCCUCCUCCCACCUCGCAUUCAGACUCAAGGCUUAUGCCAAGCAUGGAGACUGGACAAAUGAGGAGCAUGGAGCCAUCAACAGCAUUCAACAAGUCCCAGUUCAGGAAAUGCUGCAUAAUGCAGGCUCACCACCCUUACCUCCCAAAGCCCAGUUACCAACCCCACCACGAGUGCCUGUUAUUGCACCCGACGUCACACCCCCGCCUGCAACUACAUCCCAGCCACCACCAAUAGAACAAGGCAUGUCAUCAGAGCCUACCAUUGAGGGUAGCACUGCCUCUGAGAGCUCAGAGGGAGUUAUACAGUACAGGUCAUCCUUUGCACCAUCCAAGCAGGCUGCACAACAAAAGGCAGUGCUUCACAAGCCUGGGAGAGUGAAUGGGAAGCAUGUCACGCAUAGGAACAGGCUUUCUUGGUGGAACAAGAGCAGCAAUGAAGAAGAGGAGGAGGAUGAAGAGGAUGAAGAGGAUGAUGAGGAUGCUGACUCUGACAAGGAUGCUGACUCUGACGAGAAACCCCCUUCAACAUUGGAGAGCAAGAAGCCAGGUCUUGUCAUGCCUGUACCGGUUCUGGCUGUCAGGCCUCUGCAUCCCAGUAGUGCAGGGCUGCUGACUCAAGAUGAUGCCCCUCACCUGCAUCCACAGUCUGAAUAUACUACCCAAGUCCUUUGUCCACAAGCGGACUUUAAUCAACAUGUUGCUGCCCAUCAGAGCGGCAUUUGGACACAGGUUCUCAAUCCUGGUCGCAUGCCCAGUUCUCAUCCUCAACCUGAAACUCCCUCACAUCAACAAGACCCUUUUAUUCAGUUGGAACCUGCUUCCCAUUCCAUGACGAAAGCUUUUACCCCUCAUGGUUUGCUAUCUGCUGGGAUGCAGGACAAGCAAGACCGGUCUGCCAAGAGACAAGAAGAACUUGCACAGGAAACCAGUGCCUCACUCAUCAAUGUUCCUAAUAAGCCACCACCACCUCAGACAGGUUUCUUGGGUGCAAUCACUGCUCAUGAGCGUGAGCAUAAAUGCGAAGGUGGCAUCAGUGCUGCUCUGACGGAGUGUGAGCAUGAAAAAAGGAUGGCUGAAGAAUGGCAAUGCAAGAUUGACGACUUCCAACACAAUCAACUGGAGAUGCAGGGCAUGUAUGGAGGCAGCCAGCAGUACCUGAAUAUGAUGGGCAACUCGAUGAUGGCCAAUCCUAUGAUGAUGGGCAUGAACCUGAUGAUGACUGGUGGGAAUCCGAUGAUGGCUGGUGCUAACCCCAUGAUGAAUGGCACCAACCCCAUGAUGAACAGUGCUAACCCCAUGAUGAUGGGUGGGUAUAUGGGUCAUCCAGGUAUGAUGCCAGGAUUUGGAAAUCCACAAUUCUUCAUGCAGCAGGCAGCACAAGCUGCUUACCAACAAGCUAUGAUGGCAUAUUCCUCUGCUGGGUCGCAUGUUGGUGAUGGCAUGCACCCUACACCCAUGAAUCCUAUUCAGUGUAAACUCUACCGGCGUACGGUUCUGGGUCAACUUGAAUUGAACGGACAACUUGAAGUUAUGCAAGAGUUCAAAUUGGAGCCAGAUUAG